CAUGUAUCAGUAUUAGUCAGAAUUGAAAAGACCAAUUCAUAAUGUUAAAAUCGAAAAGUGUCUCGAACGAAGCUAUUAAUAGGAUUCUAAGUAAAAGAAUUUGGCCUACUUUUAUUUAUGAAAAUAAUGAUUACCGCCCUGAAGAAUUACGACCGAAAAUUAUGAUCAACUUAUCUUCUGGAAGACUUCGACGUGAACGAAAUUAUUCUAAAAAUAUUAACAUCACAGAAAGUUUCCACUGUGCAAUUGGACCUGUUUUACGUAUCGCUCAAAUAUUCGGUGUAUUUCCGGUAUCCGGAAUUCGAUCGUCAUCACCUUCGAAACUGAAAUUUAAGCCAUUUUCGUUUUUAGUCAUCUAUGCAACUUUCGUCGGUAUAAUGAUAUUUUUCGCAGUGAUCAUAUCGGUGAUCCAUAUGAUUAAAAUGAUAAAUUCUGAAUCGUUUCAGAGAGACGGUGGGAUAGCAGCAGCAACAAUUGGUGCAGUAUUCUAUGGGAACAGUCUGCUGGGCACGAUUUUAUUUUUCUGGCUCUCAUUCCAUUGGAGAUCUCUCCAAUGCGAAUGGAGGGCUAUGGAAAAAUAUAUAGACAGUAAUUCGACGGAAAUCCCACAUCUUCGAUGGAAAUUCGUCUUGAUAAGUUCCGCGAUUAUACUGUUAGCUCUCAUCGAACAUGUUCUAAGUGUUGUGAACAAUGUCGCAGAGUACGAAUGGGGCAGUUCGAAUUCGACAUUUCGUAACUUCUUGGAACUGUACAGCUUACGAUCGCAUUCGUUUAUUUUUGACACACUGGAGUACAAUUUUACCCUUGGCUUAUUUAUCUUCGUUGUCAGCAAGACAGCAACUUUUGUAUGGAAUUUUACAGAUCUCUUUAUUAUACUGGUUGCCACUGGUUUAGCCGAAAGAUACAAAUCAUUGAAUAAAAGACUGGCAAUUACAGUGACGAAAUGUCGAACUAGAUUCGACUGGCAUGAACUUCGCGAAGAUUAUGCAGCAUUGAGUUCUGUUGUAAAGAAAGUGGAUCAACAUGUUUCACCUAUUAUUCUUUUAUCUUUUGCGAAUAAUCUUUAUUUUAUUUGUCUGCAACUACUGUACGGUAUAUCAGCAAACGAUGACAACAUUCUCGGUACAAUUUACUUUUUUGGUUCCUUUGCAUUUCUUAUUGGUCGUGCAUGUGCUGUUACUUUACUUACUGCUAGAAUACACGACCAAAGCAGGAAGGCAUUACCUUUCUUGUAUAGUUGUUCAGCGUCAACUUACAACAUCGAGACUCAGAGACUGCAAUAUCAACUCGCCACAGACGAUGUAACUCUGACAGGAUUACGUUUCUUCUCAAUUACAAGGAACUUCAUGCUUGCAAUAGUUGGUGCAAUUACCACUUACGAAGUUGUACUUCUCCAGUUUAUGGGCAAAGUUAAAUAGGUAAUUUUAAUAUGUUUUUAACUACGUAUUUAAUAGUUGUUAUAAUAUAACUGAUGAC